AUGCACCUCUCCAAUAUGGCAGACGACACAACACACUUCCAAUCCAUCCCCUGGGUCGCCGCCCACCUCCAAGACCAUGAGUUCGUGACAAUCCCGAUCCCCUCGCGCGUAUUCAAAUCUUCAACCGAGGACAGCUUCUUCUCGACAACAAUCAACAGUCCAUCCACAAUCUCCGCCUGCGUAACACAGUACCGAACACCACCACCGAACGCAAAGCCCUUUCGCCCAAAGGCAAUUCCGACAGAUGAACUCCGCACUUUCGUCACCCUCGGCUCAGAUCUCAACGGUUGGCCCGGCGUGUUACACGGCGGGAUGGUUGCGACGCUGCUCGACGAGUUUAUGGGCUUGAUUUUGAAUUUGCGCCUAGGAGGGGGGGAGCCGGGACAGGAAGGGCCGGUCACGGCGUUCUUGAAUACGAAGUUUGUGAGGCCGGUGCAGACGCCGGGAACGGUUGUUGUCGGGACGAGGAUCACGGAGGAAAAGGAGAUGAGAAAGUGGAAGAUUGAGGGAGAUAUUCGGGAUGGAGAGGGGAACUUAUUGGCCAAGAAAUCACUGGCAACAUACCUCAACUUAUUCUGGAAAUCAAAUAUUCAGCAACCACUUGGAGGUUUCGGUGCUUCUGGUGAUCUUCGCCUCAAGUGGCAGGAAGCUGAAGUCAAAAGAAGACCAUUCUGCAGGCAAGGGUGCGAUUCGUCUCCCAGUAGAGGAGAGGUAAAGUGUUCAGAAAAAUAUCGACCUCCCAUCCCCGCUCCGCCUGCUCAAACUAACUCAAUCUCUAACACACGCCACGAGAAAAAAAAAAAAAACACCAGCUCCAUCCUCACUGCCGCAUCCUCGAAUCUCUUGCCUCUCAUUAAAUCUUCGACUGAGAGCCAACAGAACACCAUGACAGGUCCCGCCCUCGAGAAUCUCCCUGCCGACGUCCUCCACUUGAUCCUUUGUGAGCUGCCAGACCGACAGAGCUUGGAGGCUGCCGUGCAAGCUUCGCCGGCACUUUACAGAGCCUACUCGGCGAAUCGUUACAGAAUCCUUCUCUCUGUCCUUCGAAACUACCAUGACGGGCUUGUAGUCGUGUCAGACGUGAUUGCUGCCGUUCGAUCUAGGCGACUAUGCGCUACAAAGGUCAGAAAUAGAAAGUUAAUACUCACCCUACUGGACCGUCGUCGACUAGAAUCUUACAAAAGCCCGGCGAAUGCGAAUGAGAUUGUCCAGCUGCUACUCCUCCAUGAGGUAGCUGUAUGGUUCGUCGAGCAACUCAAUAAUACUGACAUUACAAGACCCCGCUGGGUCCCAAGAGAAGUGCGGACGGAGCAACUACCAUUGAGGCUGUCAGAUGAUGAAAAGAGACGCGUUUUCCGAGGACUUUAUCGGCUUCAAAUAUGGAGUAAUCUCUUUCGACGAGCGAAAUACAAAAGCGAGUCUAAGGUCUCCUGGAAUCUGGCUCUCGAUCCCGAUGAGAUUUGGCGCCUUUUCAUUUUAUCGAUGCCUACCUGGGAGAUCGAUGAGAUGGGCUGCGUCUUCUCCACACUCAAGAAUAUGAUCCGACCUGGUUGGAACGCAAUGGUAGCGCUGAACUUACUCUUUCAGAGACCACCGGAUAGCGAGGAAUCGUAUAAAUCUGUAUCUUCAGAGGUGCUUUACGAUGAAGACGAAAAUGGCCUGUCAUCAGUCGUGAAUAAUGGCCCAGCGUUCGUUGCUGGGUUACUCAAACAGCAAAAUACACUGUCCGAAUCGAUGUAUGAUGCAUUCCAUACGGGAUCAAGCCACUUCGAGUCGUUCCUUGAGAACGUUCCCUGCAGAUAUCAUGUCAUACCCGACGACGACGAUGCGGCAGACUAUUACUUCAAGUGUCCUGCAACUCAGUACGACGCCAACUCACUCGAAUAA